UUUCCGCCAGGCACAGCCAGGAGGUGAGUGCGCGCUGCAAGGUCCUUCGUGAAAUCCGGCCGCCGUCCGCCCCAGCUCCGCCAUCGGCCCGCAGGCUGACUGUGCUGUGCUUAUUGUUGCUGCUGGUACUGGUGAAUUCGAAGCCGGUAUCUCCAAGAACGGACAGACCCGUGAGCACGCUCUGCUCGCUUUCACCCUGGGCGUCAAGCAGCUGAUCGUGGGCGUCAACAAGAUGGACUCCACCGAGCCCCCAUUCAGCGAGACUCGCUUCGAGGAAAUCAAGAAGGAAGUCUCCUCGUACAUUAAGAAGAUCGGCUACAACCCCGCCGCCGUCGCCUUCGUGCCUAUCUCCGGCUGGCACGGCGACAACAUGUUGGAGCCCUCUGACAAGAUGCCAUGGUUCAAGGGGUGGAAUGUGGAGCGUAAGGAGGGUAAGGCUGAGGGCAAGUGCCUGAUUGAGGCUCUUGACGCUAUCCUGCCGCCCAGCCGUCCAACAGACAAGGCUCUUAGACUGCCACUUCAGGACGUUUACAAAAUUGGUGGCAUUGGAACCGUCCCCGUCGGUCGUGUUGAGACUGGUGUUCUGAAGCCAGGCACCGUCGUUACCUUUGCCCCCGCCAAUAUCACCACUGAAGUGAAGUCUGUUGAAAUGCACCACGAAGCCCUGACUGAGGCUGUGCCUGGCGACAAUGUUGGCUUUAACAUCAAGAACGUGUCAGUGAAGGAGUUGCGACGUGGCUAUGUUGCUGGCGAUUCCAAAAAUAAUCCACCCAGGGGUGCAGCUGAUUUCACUGCUCAGGUCAUUGUCCUGAACCACCCUGGCCAGAUCUCUAACGGCUAUACACCUGUCUUGGAUUGCCACACCGCCCACAUUGCCUGCAAAUUUGCUGAAAUUAAGGAAAAAUGUGACCGCCGUACUGGCAAGACUACUGAGGAAAAUCCCAAAGCCAUUAAGUCUGGCGAUGCUGCCAUCAUUACCCUUAUUCCAUCAAAGCCAAUGUGUGUUGAAUCUUUCCAAGAAUUUCCUCCUCUUGGACGCUUUGCUGUGAGGGACAUGCGACAAACUGUUGCUGUUGGUGUAAUCAAGCAAGUGACCUUUAAGGAGGCAACAACUGGUAAAGUCACAAAGGCCGCAGAGAAGGCUCAGAAGAAGAAAUAACUAGGUGUGAUGGGCUUCAAGGCCUAUGAGAUGGGUCCAGGGGGUGUAAAGGCUGCGCAGUUACAGAUUUGGACAUGUGUAAAGACUCUGAGAGUGAUGACAGAGCACACUAUACAAAGUACUAUAAAGCAACACGGCUUGAUUCUAUGUCAGCUGCGCAGCAUAGGCAAGGGGUUACUACGGCAUUGUUUUCAUCGCAAAGAGCUACGCCGGAAAAACUUCACAGUUCUUAGCUCGGAUAUCUUUAAAUUGUUUCCAUCUUCAAAGGGAUUAUUUUAUUUGUAACUCACCUUAUCUGAAUGUGGAAUUAGGUGAAUUUGUGUCAACGUUUCUUUAAGAUCCUGCAUGGGGUGAAUUUAGAUAACUUGCAUCAUUUUGCAUUGCAGUGAAGAAGUGUUUUGUUUGAAUUGUGGUUCAAUUUUGCAUUGCAUUUGAUGCAUAGCCAAUCUCUUUAUGAGAAUGACUUGAUUAUCUUUUUCACUUAUUUUUCAUACCACUUUUACCCAGAUAGUUUCACAUUGCAUUAGAAUUAUGUGCUAAAGCUUUUUGUAAAAUAUUUAUUAUUUUAUUUGUUUGAUAUAAUGAUAGUUUUUUAAUUAUGUUAAUGUUUCAAAUUGUGGUGGGUUGUUGGUUUGCAUCAUGUAGAGACGUUGAGAAGCCGUGUUGCUCGAGUGUAAAGCAGUAGUUGGAACAUGCCAAGUGUCAUUACAUUUCGAAUAAUCAUACCCUCAUAUAUGCCACCUGGCACUUCUUUCUUUUUGUUACCGUAUAAUUCCAUUAAAACAGGAUUGAAGGAAAA